UCUGCUGCUCCUGCCUCAGGUACUGCACAAGAUCUGACGAGACAGAGCAAUGGUCAUUCUGCUUGCCCCUUCCUGGCUGAAACAAUUCUGGUUUUUUAAUCUCCUCCGCAUGUCAGCCAGCCCACCAAUGCACCUCCACGACUUCCCCAACAGGCUGACUCACUACAAUGGCAAGAUCAAGCAUCCCAAUCCACAUGUGCUCCACAUCAGAACGUGGUAUUUGGAUGGGCAUCUGCUUUUAGAACACACGUGCUCUCCGGCUGUACAAGACAUCUCUCCAGCAGCAGGAAGGACUCCACUAGGCAAUGUUACCGAGCCAAGGGGAAACGUUUCUCAUCUUGGCGCCAACAAAAAGGGCUUUUACCUCAGUCGGCCGAAAUCCCACUCAUUCUGGAUUCUGUUCUGUCUUUGGAGUCAUCAGGUUUUACCCUCAACUCUUUGAGAGUUCAUCUGGCAGUGAUUAGCACAUUACACCCUCUAGUGGAAGGUUGCAUCACCUUUACACACCCACUAACUACUAGAUUUUGGAAAGGCCUUCCCAGUUGUCCAAAAGAUCGCACCCUAAUGGGACCUGAAUCUAGUUCUUUCCAUGCUAAUGAAAUUACCCUUUGAACCGUGAGCAUCAUACUCCAUGUCCCUCCUUUUCAUCAGUCACCUUCCUUGUUGCUAUCACUUCCACGAGAAGGGUUGGCAGCCUUGGAGAUAUAAUCGCAAACCCUCCUUUCAUAGUUUACCACAAGGACAGCGUCCCCCUAAAUCUAUACCCCAAAUUUUUACCAAAGGUGGUCUUCCAGUUUCAUAUCAAUCAAUUCAUUCAUGUACAUGUUUUCUUCCCAAAGCCUCACACAUCCACAGGGGAAUGUUGACUCCAUUCUUUAGAUGACCAAUGAGUCCAUGCUUUCUACCUACAGAGAACAAACCCUAUCAGGAAGUCCCCUACACUGUUUGUUGCAGUAGCUGAAAGACUCAGGGGCUAAGCCAUCUCUACCAAAAGAAUCUCCAAAUGUAUUUUGGGUUGCGUUAAACUCUGUUACCAACUAUCAGGCCUGACUCCCCAUACUGGGGUGAGGGUUCAUUCCAUGAGAGCUCAACCCUUGACCGCAGCCUCCCUUCAGGUCAUGCCACUUAUGGACAUAUGUAGGGUGGCCACAUGGAGCUCUGUGCAUACCAUCCCAGCUCGCCAUGCUUCAGUGCAGGACUAUGUGGCAGACAACUCCUUCACUAUGGCAUUUCUCUUCCUGUCUUCCUUCCCCUUUGCUACGGAUCUGCCUGAUUCAGGGUGGAGAAGGAACUGGAGAUGUGGUUGAUCUGCCCCACCCUUUAUCACCUUGGACAGAAGCAUGGGGCGAGCCAGGGCGCGUGUGUAGACCAACGGACACUACUUUUAAAUUCUCCAACGCUGGGCACAGGGCGCAAAUGCAUAACCCUCAGUGGAAUACAGCUAGGGACUACGCAUCUCAAAGAACCUCCAGUUACAGCAUCAUCUUCCUGUGACUGGAGGCAGCAGACAGGAGAACUUCCCUACAUCAAUGCACUGCCAAUGGUGGUGUAAUACCAAGGGCUGCACUGCUGCCACAUCACAAUUUUGUGAGGUUUCAGAGAGUAGUUCUGGGUUAUAUCCUUUGUCGUGACCUCAUGGUUUAAGUGGGAAUAAAGAUGAGUAUAAGCAGUGAUGAGGUUAACUUCCUGGUAUAUAGAUACUUGCAAGAGUCAGGGUUUUCUCAUUCAGCAUUUACAUUUGGUAUAGAGAGCCAUAUCAGCCAGUCUAAUAUAAAUGGUGCUCUGGUGCCACCAGCUGCUUUGAUUUCCAUCAUCCAGAAAGGUCUGCAGUAUGUAGAGGCUGAAGUCAGUAUUAAUGAGGAUGGUACCUUGUUUGACGGUAGGCCAAUAGAGUCUCUCUCACUGAUAGAUGCAGUAAUGCCUGAUGUGGUACAAACAAGACAACAGGCCUACAGAGAUAAACUUGCACAACAACAGGCAGCAGCUGCUGCUGCUGCAGCUGCAACUAACCAACAGGGCUCUGCAAAAAAUGGAGAAAAUACUGCAAACGGCGAGGAGAAUGGAGCGCACACUAUAGCAAAUAAUCAUACGGAUAUGAUGGAAGUGGAUGGAGAUGUUGAAAUCCCUCCUAACAAAGCAGUGGUGCUGCGUGGUCAUGAAUCUGAAGUAUUCAUCUGCGCCUGGAACCCCGUUAGCGACCUUCUGGCCUCAGGAUCUGGAGAUUCCACAGCACGGAUAUGGAACCUCAGUGAAAACAGCACCAGUGGCUCCACGCAGCUGGUACUCCGACAUUGUAUACGAGAAGGAGGGCAAGAUGUACCAAGCAACAAAGAUGUGACAUCCCUGGAUUGGAAUAGUGAAGGUACACUUCUAGCAACUGGGUCGUAUGAUGGAUUUGCAAGGAUAUGGACUAAAGACGGUAAUCUUGCCAGCACCUUAGGGCAACAUAAAGGACCUAUAUUUGCAUUAAAAUGGAACAAGAAAGGAAACUUCAUUUUAAGUGCCGGAGUGGACAAGACCACAAUUAUUUGGGAUGCCCAUACUGGAGAAGCGAAGCAGCAGUUUCCCUUUCAUUCUGCACCAGCACUAGAUGUUGACUGGCAGAGUAACAACACAUUUGCUUCUUGCAGCACAGAUAUGUGUAUUCAUGUCUGUAAAUUAGGACAAGAUAGACCCAUCAAAACCUUCCAGGGUCACACAAAUGAAGUAAAUGCAAUCAAAUGGGAUCCGACUGGUAAUCUUCUGGCAUCCUGCUCUGAUGACAUGACUUUAAAGAUCUGGAGUAUGAAACAAGAUAGUUGUGUCCAUGAUUUACAAGCACACAACAAAGAAAUUUAUACUAUCAAAUGGAGUCCUACAGGACCAGGAACAAACAAUCCAAAUGCCAAUCUUAUGUUAGCAAGUGCAUCCUUUGAUUCUACUGUUAGGUUAUGGGAUGUAGACAGAGGAAUUUGUAUCCACACUUUAACGAAACAUCAAGAACCUGUGUACAGUGUAGCUUUCAGCCCUGAUGGCAGGUACCUGGCCAGUGGCUCUUUUGACAAAUGUGUUCACAUCUGGAAUACACAGACGGGUGCUUUAGUUCACAGUUAUAGGGGAACAGGAGGGAUUUUUGAGGUUUGCUGGAAUGCAGCAGGAGACAAAGUUGGAGCAAGUGCUUCAGAUGGUUCAGUUUGUGUAUUAGACCUACGGAAAUAGCGCUACUAGUUGGAAGCCAUGGACCGACUAUGAAUGUGUACAUAGCCAAAAUGACUGUCCCUAACCCAUGUACUGCUAUAGUCCCAAUUGAACCAUGGCCAGUCCAGUACAACCAAACCUAAAAGAAAUAUAUACAUAUACUGUAUAUAAAAUAAAAUAAAGAUUACACCCUGAAGAGGAUGACAGAGUUUUGUCACAGCUUGUGAAUCCUGUUCACCAAGUGCUGGAAUCUGCUGUGCCCCAAAAUAACAUUUAGAAGUUUCGCGUAUGAAAAACAGAAGAGAGAGAAAUAUACCAUACAAGAGCAGACCAUACAUGUACCAAAUUUGGAAGAUACUAAUGACAGCCUUUAUUUCUCCCUUUUAAAUCCAGAGUCACAAUGGUUUGUGGUUUUGUUUCCCCUCCCCCUUCUCAGUAGUUGAGCAGUUUGCGUGUACGGAGAAAACGGACUUGCAUAAACCUGCAGCGGUAUUUUGUUCUUUGCUUUUAAACAUUGGUGUUUUUUUGUUUCAUUUUGGUUAAGUUUACGGAUGCAUGAAGUAAGGGAGUGAAUCGGUUCCUUGUUUAUAUUUUUUCACCUUUAAACAGAGUUUCUUUUAAAAUAUAUAUAUUUUAAUGCAUUAUUUCAAGAGGUAGAGUGAACUUGAUAUUUGGUACAUUCUGUGGCUCCGAGAGCACAAUUUUGAGUGGGGAGGGUGGGUGGAAGAUGGGUGACUGGGGGAGAGAAAAAAGAAACUCACCUCUGAGACAUGAUGUUUCAUGUCCUGUUAAUCUAUAAAGUACAUCAGCAAUGGGUAUAAUGCUGUGGUUUUUUUCUAAUGACAUGGCUGAAAUGCAGUAGUUUCUUAUUUGGGACAUAAUUCUGCCAAACUUAAGAAUAGAAGGGCACAAAAAAAAAUACAGGGAUGCAAAUAAAGAAAUAAAAAUAUGCAUCUUCUGUUCCUUUGAGACCAUAGCUAAAUUAUGGUUAAAUUGUGCACUAUUGUGAAAAGGAGCAAAAUGUAGUUUUUGGUGGGGGGGGGGGGGGGUUGGGGUUUGGUUGAUUGGUUGGUUUUUUGUUUUUUUAAAGAUUAAAAUCUUUUUGGACGAGGGUUCAUGCCACAGCUUCUACAAGAGUUCCCCAUCAUUGUUCGUAGGAGCUCAGAUGUCUAAUGUAACGAAAUUCCAGUAUUAAAAGUAUCUAAUGUAAUUUUUCUUUAUACAAAAAAAAUCUUUGGCAUAUAUUUGAUAACACUGCCGUUAUCAGGCAAAAUGUUUACUACCUUAGAUUUAAAAAAAAUCUUAAACAGAGGACUUGCUUCAAGUUUAUUUUAAUAGCAGUGAUUCAGCUUAUUUAAAAGAUGAAUACUUGCACUAAUUCCCCUGCUGCUCCAGUCCUGCAGUUUGUUGUAUCUUGUGACUACGUUUUUUUCCAAAUAUAAGGUAGAUGUAAGCUGCUAUUUUUUUAAUAAUCACUACUAUAUUGUGUCUUUUACUCUGUUUACAAUAUCGAAUAUUUUUCUUACAGCGACAUAUAUAAGCGGCAAACCUUUUUCUGCUCAUGUGAUUAAAAGUAUAUUGAUAGUGAUUUUAUUUGUAAAUUAUAGCAUGAGGGUUGUGUUUAUGCCUAUAUGGAGUUGAAAGGGUUUUGUCUCGCAUAAAAUUCCAGGCGUAUAAAUCUCUAUAAAAAGAGGUUGUCAAUCUCUGUCACAAACAUUUUACUUAAGAAAUGGUUUAUAUUAUAAAGCUUUGCAAAGUUAUCAGUUUUAUAACACUAUUUCAAUCACAAAUUAAUUUUGUGGCUCAUGAUCGCUAAACUUUAACUUUCUGUAGUUAAGUAUAAAUUGAUUUAACCCAAAUAAUGCAGCUUUUACAUUUUAACAGAAUUGUUCUUUAGGCAUUGAUUUCUGCUAUUGCCACAGACUAACAUGACUUGAAGCAAGUCUGAGUUUGGCUAAGGUAGGGUCGCAGUUUGCCGGUGGUAAAGAGAAUACAUACGUUCUUAAUAUGUACCCCAGUUAUUAUCAAUGGGGCAGAUAAUACUAUAAUACACCAAAUUUUAAAAACAACAACCAAACAUUCAUAUCCAUAAAGGCAGUCAUCCAUGAUGGUUCUGUGCCAGCUAUUUUUAGGGUUUUGGAACAUAUUACUGUUUAGAACAACUACCCUGUGAGUUACAAUAUGUAGGAAACCUAAUAUAUUGAGUGUCUGGCACUUGAAAUAUUGCUUUUAUUGCUGGAGGUCCAUGAUUGUGGCUGACCUCUGUCGUCAUUAAGAAAAAAUAAAAAAAAAAUCUGUGCAAUAAUUUUAAACUGUGCUCCCAGGAAUAGACACAAAUGUUUUGAGUAUAUUUAAGCUGCAUUUUUCCUUUAGCAAUGCAUUUGUCGAUUGCACUGAAUUUAAAUUGAAAGUCAGAGGUGAUUCUUGAUAGUACUUUUGUAUUUUAAUAUGGACAGUUUAUUCAUUUUCAUACAAGUUAUUGGAUGGUUGUUUCAGCGAAUUUAAAAAAAAAUGUUGUGGAAUUCUGUGACAUAACUGCAAAACCACAGCCAUGUUUGAUAGUAUUGCCACUUUUCUUUUUCUCAAUCUUCAGCUGUUUUAGUUUUGAGUAAUUCUAGUUGCUUAAGCAUAAUGUCAAGUAUCCAUAAUUAGAAAAUACAGAGCUUCAUUACCACAGGACUGUGGGUUUUCAGAUGUUUGUACGCACUUCAGGAAUAUCAGUUUCAUAGGCCUGGGUGUCUCUGGAUACAUGAGCCAGACGUCAAGCUGGUGUGAAUCAGCGAAGCUCUGCCGCAAUGGAGCUAUGAGGAUCCGGCCAGUAUAUUUUUUUGCUGCUGUUCUUUAUCAACAUGCCACAGUACUGCUCCAGUUCUGCACAAACUUCCUCUUGUCUCUCAUGUAUUAUAGAGCGUUAGCCAUGUGUAUGCAUGAUGCUUAUUUCCAUGUUUUAUGUCAGGCACGAAGGAGUACCAUGGUCAUUAGAUUCUUUUCUAGUGCUGAGACUCAUAUAUAUAUAGUAGAACAAAGUAGAUUUUCCACACUCCUGCCUUUAAGGGGUACAUGCCUAAUAUUAUUAAGGCCCCAGUUCUGUGAAGACUUAAGCACAUGUUUGACUUUAUAUGCUAAAUGUCCCACAGAAGUCAAUGGGGCUGCUCCCAGCAUGUGAAGUUAAAUGUGUAUCAAUCUUUGCGUACGUUUGUAAGUUAACAUUUUUUCCAGCACAGUGAAUUCUUGGGCGGGAACUUUAGUUUGGGAAAACUGGGGUCACAUUUAUUGAUGGGAUGAGGCACGGACUGCUGUCAUGUUUGCAAUCUUUUUUUAUCAUCAGCUUUGGAAUUUCUUGUUUCCCAUUUCUGUAUAAGGAGUUCCUAGAGAGAUCCUCAUUUUCUAUUUUUACUUUGGCUCCUGUGAUUUAAAAUUGCUGUAAAGAUUCCCAACCCUUUGACUUUCUAGUAUUGUUUACAAAGUAUUUAAGUCCUCAUACAUUUUUUUUUUUUUUAAUUCUUUGUAGUGUUGAUAAUUCAGUUUGUUUAGGGAAUACUUCUUUACAGGGUUAAAUGGUGUGUCUGGCAGAGGACUGGAACUCUUGUAUGAAAUACUAAAAGUGCCUCUUUUUCUGGGUUGGGGGAGGGAAGUAAUAAUUACCAGAGUGUGAAUGACAUGACAGUUGAAACGUGUUUCUAGAUUUUAGGACACUUUAGUGAAUCUUAAGAGAAAGGCCAAAGAUUUGUACCAACUUUAAUUUUUAUGUUUUUAAAUGCAUUCCUUUUUCCUUACACUGCUUACCUCAUGUUAAGGUAUUUAAGGAGACACUGCUGACUUUAAAGCGUUCUCUAUCUUUAGGAAGUUUAGUAGGUACAAUAGGGCUGUUGUACCAGUUCGCCUUGGCUAUAGAGCAGUCUAACAGCUAAUGAAUUUAAUUCUGUCAUAUGAAGGAACUUCAUUAGAAUUGCAAAUGUGGCUUUUCAGCUUGUAAAUGAAAGGUUGUAUGUUUCCUCUGUUUAGUAAAGAGAAGACAUAGGGGCCAAUUUUCCAGUCCUUACUCAGGCAAAAGCUUCCCCCUGAAGUGAAAAGGUCAAUGGGAUUUUUGACUAAGUAACCGUUGGAGGAUGGGGUCCUUCUAAGUAUUGGACAAUGUGACACUUAGGUAUAAUGGGCCAGGAAAAACUCCUAUUGACUUAGCGAGAAUUUUGCUUGAGCGAGCUCUGCAGGAUUUAGUUCAGUAGUCCUUUAGCUUGGCAAGCAAUACUCUCCUACAGACCUCUUCUUCCUACCGAAAAUGCCUGUAGAACUUGUAUGAAGAGGGAUCUCCAGAAGUCUGCACAAAGCAGGAGCAAUAUUGUGGCAUGUUGGAAGAAAGUACUGGUUUGGGAGAUGGCAGUAAAUCUCCAUGAAGACACCUGGCAUUUUCCCUGGUGAAGAGGAAGAUGUGAUGCAGUUUUCACUCAGUUUUCACUCUAGCGCAAGCUCUGAAAUAUCACGCUCAAUAGUGAAUUUUUCAAUAUGAAUAUGAUUGAAGGCAGACAAAAAACAGAAAAGUGCACCGUUUCUUUUUAAAAAUUGCAGGUUUUGUAUUAAUAGUGCUUCAGCUCCGUAGUUUUGAAGAGCUACAAAAUUCUCUUCAGCCUUUGUUUCCAGGCUUGAGGCCUGAUGAUAACGUGGGACAUUAAUUACUUUUUUAUUUUAAGUAACAAGCAUUUUUACUUCAUAAUGGUUUCCUGGCAUUAGAGGAUAAAUUUAGGGAAACAGUCUGCAUGUUGUUGCUAGUCCAGUGUACUUUGCAAUCUUGUUUCACAACAGACUGCAGUGUGCAGAUCAGUAAUCCUAGAAUACAGAAAUAAUUUUUUCUCUCUCUCCUGACAUUCACACUGUAGUUGUAAUGGUUUCAUUUUGAAGUUACAAAUCCUUUGGGUCUAAUUCUGUGAGCCUUCCUAUAGCACUGGAUUAAAAUGUCUGCAUCAUUUCUUCAGUUAUCCAGUUAAACUACAAUUGUUGUAAAAGUGUAAACCAGCCCAUGACAGUUUUUUGUACUUGUUUAAAGGACUUUUAUUGUUCAGUUUUCAUGAUUAUUGUCUGAAGAAGACUGAUAUAGAUGUUCUAUACUGUCCUGGACCAUGUUAAUUACACUAUGAUGUUAUUUUGGUUCUACAUCACAAUGAUUUGUCCCCAAAACCCAUAUCCCUUCUAGGCACAUUUUCUGUUGCAGUUUCCCUUUACAUUGUAUUGCUCUGACAACUGUAAUUUGAAUCAGAUCUGAAAGAGGUCCAGAAUAAAAUAUAUUUUGAUAUUA